AUGGCAGACUUAAUUCCUCUGUUCGUCAUGCUGCCUGGAAGGAUCCCCUCGUUCGACCGAGCCUCCGCGGAUCUCCCAGCAACGGUCCCCCAGCUUCCCAGGCCGCGAGCAUGCUGGGGUUUCAGUCGAUUUAUGCGCAGAGCCGAUCUAGAGACGUCCCUGUAUCUUAAAGAUGAUUGUUUCAUAGUUCAGGGCACUUUGACCAUGAUAAAAGAGCCCCGGCUGGAAGUCCCUAUUGCUCUGGCAGUCCCCCCGCCGCCGCCGUCCGACUUACAUCUGCAUCUCCUGCAGCUGUUGGAGAGCGGAGAGGGGUCCGACUUGGCGUUUGAAGUCGUGGGAGAGACUUUCGCGGCGCAUCGGUGGCUUCUCGCCGCGCGGUCACCGGUUUUCAAAGCGGAGCUUCUCGGCCCGAUGAAGGAGAAGAGUAUGCAGCGCAUAAAGAUCGAAGACAUGGAAGCGGCGGUGUUCAAGGCGUUGCUUCAUUUCAUCUAUUCGGACUCGCUGCCUGAUUUGACCGACGAGCUCGCGAAGGAGUCUCCAGCUCUAAUGGCUCAGCAUCUGCUCGCUGCUGCAGAUCGGUACGGGUUAGAGAGGCUGAGGCUAAUAUGCGAAGACAAGUUAUGCAAGCAAGUCGACGUCGGCACGGUGGCGACCACCUUGGCUUUGGCAGAACAGCACCGCUGUGACCGACUCAAGGCUGCUUGCCUCGAGUUUGUUGCCUCCCCUGAGGUGCUUAUUGCCGUCAUGCUUACUGAUGGAUUCGAGCACCUGAAGAAAAGUUGCCCGCUGGUACUGAAUGAUCUCAUGGAGAAGUUCGGUUGCCUCUCUUAUUCCAUUCGGAAGGAGCAAUCGGAGAACGAAAAUUGAGAGGCGAUAUUGAAUAUCAUGUCACCUCCAACUCUAAAUGUUGCAGUGCAUCUGGUUGCAUAUUUCCAAUUUUACUGAAGGUAUUGCUCAAUUAUGAAAUAAGCAUGUUUCCGACUCUAAAUUAUGUAAAUUAUGAAUUAAGUGACUCGACCCUUUGUUUUGAUGAUACAUAACCGUUGAAUUGUUGUUCAUGCAUGCCUCACAUUAACCAAAUCGCCUUAUUUGAUGUUCUUUCA